GAACCGCCGCAGCCUCCCCGAGGGCACGUCUAGAGCCGGGCCGGGGCGGGGCGCCCGCCGCCUUCCUUAGGGCUUGCCUGAGACCCGCCCGCGGCCGGGCCCGAGCGCCUCGGAGGAGGCUUGUCCCCGCUCGCUCGCCGUACCGCGCGGCCCCGCGGAGGGCAGGGCGCGCGGCCGACAUGGGCGAGACCAUGUCCCGGAGGCUUAAGUUGCAGUUGGGCGGGGACGCGGAUAUGGAAGAGCGGGCGUUCCCCAACCCCUUCCCGGACUACGAGGCCGCCGCCGCUGUGCCGGCCGAGGAGCCGCCACGUGCUCGCUCCCAGCUCACUCCCGACGAGCUCGGCCUCCCCUUCCACAGCGAUGGGAAGAUUAUUAAUAAUUUCACAAGGCGGAUCCAGACCAAAAUCAAAGACCUUCUCCAGCAAAUGGAAGAAGGGCUGAAGACAGCGGACCCACAUGAUUGCUCUGCGUAUACUGGUUGGACAGGCAUAGCCCUUUUGUACCUGCAGUUGUAUCGGGUCACAUGUGACCAGACCUAUCUGCUCAGAUCCCUGGAUUACGUAAAGAGAACACUUCGGAAUCUGAAUGGCCGGAGGGUCACUUUCCUCUGUGGAGAUGCUGGGCCCUUGGCCGUCGGAGCUGUGGUAUAUCAUAAACUCAGAAGUGAUUACGAGUCCCAGGAAUGCAUCACAAAACUUUUGCAGCUCCAGAGAGCCAUCGUCUGCCGAGAUUCAGACCUUCCCGACGAGCUGCUUCAGGGCCGGGCAGGCUAUCUGUACGCCUUACUCUACGUGAGCACGGAGAUGGGGCCGGGCGCCGUGUGUGGGUCAGCUGUCAAAGAGGUAGUCGACGCUAUUAUUGAAUCGGGCAAGGCUUUGUCAAGGGAAGAAAAGAAGGCUGAGCGCUGUCCCCUGUUGUAUCAGUGGCACAGGAAGCAGUAUGUUGGAGCCGCCCAUGGCAUGGCCGGAAUCUACUACAUGUUAAUGCAGCCAGCAGCAAAAGUGGACCAAGAAACCUUGACAGAAAUGGUGAAACCUAGUAUUGACUAUAUGCGCCACAAAAGAUUCCGAUCUGGGAAUUAUCCGUCAUCCCUAAGCAAUGAGACAGACCGACUGGUGCACUGGUGUCACGGGGCUCCCGGUGUCAUCCACAUGCUCAUGCAGGCGUACAAGGUGUUUAAGGAGGAAAAGUACUUGAAGGAGGCCAUGGAGUGCAGCGAUGUGAUUUGGCAGCGAGGUUUGCUGCGGAAGGGCUACGGGAUCUGCCAUGGGACCGCUGGCAACGGCUACUCUUUCCUUUCCCUUUACCACCUCACGCGGGACAAGAAGUACCUCUACCGCGCUUGCAAGUUUGCAGAAUGGUGCCUAGAAUAUGGAACACAUGGUUGCCGCAUUCCUGACAGACCCUAUUCUCUCUUUGAAGGUAUGGCUGGCACUGUUCACUUCCUCUCCGACAUCCUGGCCCCAGAGGCAUCACGGUUUCCAGCAUUUGAACUCGGCUCUCCACAGAGGGAUACAAAGGUGCAAAAAGACAACUGAGAGAUCCAACUGGACCAGAAGCCACCAGGUUGCUUAAUGCCUGACACAGAACCAAGUGUGAAUCCUGAAAGAGGGAGAAAAAGGAGAAGCAGGCACCCUCCCAGACCCCCUGUGUCAGAGUGUGAUGACAGACCAUCCCAUCAGCGUUCUGUAACAGUGUUCCCUCACUGGUGUAAAAUAUGAAUUUCUCGUGUCCAGUUCUCUGUAGUGUGUGCAUGUCUCUUGGUGUUUGCUGUCUGUAGGUGUAGGUUCUAAACGGAAGCCCUUCUCUGUCCAUGAGCCCGAGCUGGCUGUGCAUGAGGGCACGCGGCAGCCUCUUCUCUGUACAUAAUAUUUAAAGUGGGGUGUUUUCUGUACUGACAAACAGGAAAUAGGCAGGUGGUGUCUGUCCUAUGUAACAGAAGAUUCUCCGCAGUGAUGUCGCAGUCGUAAGACUUUCCAGCAUUUUCUGUGGGUACCUUUCAGAUCAGCAUGAGAGAAAGACCACUCCAGAAAUGAAAAGAAAUAGAACAGGUAGAGGGGGUUUGCUGGAGUAGGGGGUGGUGAGCCUUUCCACCAGGUAGUCAAAUGCUCCCUCUUUGUGUUUUGUGCUCACCUCAGUGUUUUUAAGAAGCCAAAGGGGGUGCAUUGCAGCUCUGCUGGGGCUCCCAUUCUCAGGCUCUUUGUGUGAAGUUCCGGACCCUCCUCGCAAUCCAAGGCAGCCCGUGCCCUGGGGGGUGGACUCACGACACCAGGGCCACUCAAGGGAACCGUUUUCGUGGCCACAUUGUAAAUCAUGUAGCAGCGACUGAGGGCUGGCAAGUCUAGAUUCGGUGUAUAUUAUUAAAGCAGGCUGCACCUCGGUUCUAUCAACAUUAUGACUUAGUGCUAUAAGUGCAGUGGAUACAAUUCCAGAUGCAUAAUAAGCAGAGAGAUACUCAUCUCUUCCAUGUCCCUCCAAUUAAACUUACUCCAAAACUUGGAAAGUUAUCCAAGUACAAAUUUGGAAUGAUUUUAGUCCUUAUUUUUGUCUACUAUUUGGUUGAUAAAAGUCUCACCUUUGAUGAAAUGUAUUAAGCAUAAAGUACUAGUCUGCAUUUAUGCAUAUGGAAAACAGUCUUCUAACCAAGAAAAUUACGAUUCUGUCUGACAAUUUUUAUUUUAAAACUGGGCAUUACUUUGGCUUAGCAUACCCUCAGUAAUUAUACCCUGUACAUCUGUUUUUAGAAGAGUUUUGCUGUCAUGGUAUGAGUGGUCUAGGACUUUGUACAGACUUCUCAUGAGCUAAGCCAGUUCAUAAAAGACAAGACAGGUCUCUCUGAUGGUCUGGUCCUUAUCUACACGGGAUUGUCAGAUGUUUAUCAGCCUCGUUUCCACUCCUUCCAUAAAGGUGGAAGAGUGUCCAUGUAGAAGACAGAUCCCUUCACACGUGUGUGAUUCUGUGCAGUCCUCAGGGUCCCGCUGAGCCUUGGCGGUGGGGCUGACUCCCGAACACUUGCCCUUCGGUUUCUAAAUGAUGCCUCAUGAGUCUCCGUCACGACUGUUCAGGUUAGGCUGAUGACUUCCAUGGGUAUAAAUCCUCACGGUUGUGUUUAACCGUCUUCCCGGGCCUGCUCAUGUGCGUCUCAGGCAGCCCAGUUCCCCGGGACCUGCAGGCGGGGACGUGAGUGAGCUGAGGGGCUGUUUGUCCGAAGAGCUCCUCUGGUGUCACAGCUCAGCCCAGCUGCACUGCUGCCACCUCGGCCAAAGCUCAGGGCAGCCCCCGGGGCUUCGGCACAGAGUGUUACCCAAGCCGUCUCAUUUCUCAGGGGAGGCCAGUGGGGCUGCACAGGAUUCACCCCCCUCAGCAAGAGGGGGCAGCUCAUGGAGGCCCUGGUCCUGGCCACGUGUCUCCUGACCGGAAGCAGUGAGGGUGACCCUUCGUGACGCCUGGGCAUCACGAUGCCUUGUACGCUUGGCUUGUUUCUGCCUCACACACUGAGGGAAGAUGGCGCGCCUGUGAGGUAAACGGAGGAGAUUGUAUUUGCAGGGUUUUUUUAGAAGCCAGCUGGAUUGACCCCUCCCGCUUACCCACCAGAUGUCAACAGAGACGCAGUCUGUGACUCCACAGUAACCCGCUUCCUGGGGCGCGACGCGGGCGGCUGCAUGGUGCCGGGUCCAGCUCUCAGUCCCCAGAGGCAGCGGGACAGAGGAGUCCCAGAGCUGGUUUAGUGGUUCUGAUGAGUGCGAUUUCAGAUCUCGGAGCAGCUCACGGUGAUUUCUUACAUUUCUGUAUCCAAGAUGUGUCUAAGUGUUUAAAAUAAUGUGUAUGCACAAUGCCAUUUUAAAAUAUGAAAGAGAAAACGAUGUCCACAGAAAGUGUGGGGUUCCCUGGUUCGGUACUUAGUAAAAACGUGGUUUUGUUGUGA